AUGCAUUUCUUCAAACUUGUUACUGCUUCACUAAUGUGCCUAGUUGGCACUUCCAUUGCGGCAUGCCAUGAUAACUGCAAUCGUGGUAACGUUGGAGCUGGAUGUUCUGUUACCUGUGAUGGCGGCGGUACUGGAUAUGGAGUGUGCGCAGAUAAUGGUGGAUCAUUCUACUGUGCGACUGGUUAA